GAGUGUGGGGACCUGCAGAUCAUCCACCAGCACCUCAACCAGAAUCUGCGGCAGCUUGCGCACGCUCUUGACUCGCGGUCUACGUCAGUCUCCAUCUUUCUAUCCAAGCAGGACCAGUCGUGGGCAGAUGAAGUGGCUCCGUUCUCGCGGCCACCUCCAUCAAAUCAGCCGGGGGGAGCACAAACAAAGAAACGAUCAUGAUACUCGAGACCGACCCCGGACGCGCCAUUGUUAGCGCGCAGACGCCACGCGCAUCUGGCGUGCCCCACCGACUCCACCCCUCCAAACUUGGCCGACAUGUCUCAGGUCCAUUUUCUGGAAGACGGCGGCCGGCAUUCGGGUGGCUGCUUGCAAAGUACCCCCUACAAGGUAGCGGUGUUGACGUUGCCAGCGACUACACCGCCUCUUCGCCCUGCGCCUCUCCCCAUUCAGUGUCGAGACUCGAUCAUUCUGACGAUGCUUUCCCUCGACACGAGAAUGUGCACCCGGGCUUCCUCGAGCAAGUCUGCUGCGUGGAGACGAAUGCAAUCUCGUGGACGAUGCUGGGAUGCCGCUUGUCACCAUCCUCCGUGACCACACCCGCCGAUCCUGUGCGUCCUGCCAAAUUGCGAGAACGAAUCUCGACCGGCUCUAGCCUCGCCCAACGAUCAUUGUACCCCCCGACGUGUCCCCGCCCCCAGCAGUAAGCACCACCAAGAACAGGCGCGGCUGCAGUGCAUGAGCUGCGAGCGACGCCCUAAAUCUCCGAAGAGCUGCAGGAGGUAGUCAGUUUCAACGCCGCAGGGUCGAAGGCGAGC